AUGCAAGCCAAAGCCGUCCUUGCACGAUGGAAGCAAUCGCCCACUCGUCUAUGCCUUGAUUUACGUCCAGCUGCUGCCUAUCAAACACGUCACCUUGUGCCUUCAACCAACAUUCCAUGGCAACAAAUCACCCAACGAUGUGCCGAACUACCACCCAAGAACGUCCCAUUUGCUAUUGUGGAACCUGCCCAUUUCAGAGGAGAAUGUGUACCAUGGCUUGAGGAACGAGGUUGGCAGUGUCCUUGGGUCUUCUGUGAUGAUGAUGAAGAACUGUGGACGGCAGAUACAACAAUGGUGGAACAUGGACCUCCUUCACAACGAUGGCUCUUAUUCCAACCAUGCCCAUUUCUUGCAAGACAUAUCGAUUUGAUCGAAUCCCGGUUGAAUGAUGAUGGUAAAAAGACGUGUCUCGACAUUGGAUGUGGAUCAGGACGCGAUGUUGCAUGGUUGAUGGCAUCAAAAGGAUGGCAUGUUUACGCUCUCGAUUCAUCCAAUGGUGCUGUUGAACGUACACAAGCUUUGGCGGAACAUAUGGGUGUCAAGGAUCAUCUCGUCAAGACCAUGCAAGCCAAAGUGAUGGCGGAUGGUGGAUGGAAAUCAUUCGAUGAAACCAAAGGAGGAGAAGCAAUGAGUUUGAGUAAAGAGCAACAAUACUCACCAGGGAUGCCCGCUGAUCUAUUCUUUCGUGACAAGUUGGGAUGCAAUCAAUUCGAUAUGGUGGUCACUAUUCGCUUUUUGGUCCGAUCUUUGCUUCCACAACUCCCAAAUUUGCUCAAACCAGGUGGUAUGCUCGUCAUUUCGCAUUUUGUUGAUGAUGGCGUUCAUGAAUACGAUCAACCACGCAAAAGUCAUCGGUUACAGCUUGGUGAAUUGGCCGAGCUCUAUGGACAAAGGAAAGACUUGGAAAUCUUGGUGGAUGUGAUUGAAGAAAUUGAAGAUGGUCGUCCUGUAAAUUCGAUUAUUGUAAGUACUACAUGUUAG